AUGAUCUCGGAGGCUCUUGCGCCCCGGCUGCUGAAGAUUGCGCAGGGCGCUGCAGAGGCUGCAGCGGCAGCGGCAGCGGCAGCGGCGACUUCUCCGUCCACCUCCAGUCAGCCGCAGGUCAUGGAGACGAACGGGACCCGGUGUGGCGAGCAGAUCCUGAGCUACGGCCGCGUGGAGAAAGUCCUGAUCGGCGGGGUCCUCACCAUGCUCACGCUGUCCACCAUCUGCGGGAACCUGCUGGUGGUCAUCUCGGUGUGCUUCGUCAAGAAGCUGCGCCAGCCGUCCAACUAUCUGAUCGUCUCUCUGGCCGUGGCGGACCUGUCGGUGGCUCUGGCCGUGAUGCCGUUCGUCAGCAUCACGGACCUGAUCGGUGGUCAGUGGAUAUUCGGGCAGUUCUUCUGUAACGUUUUUAUCGCCAUGGACGUGAUGUGCUGCACCGCGUCCAUCAUGACUCUGUGUGUCAUCAGCAUUGACAGGUAUUUGGGUAUCACAAAGCCCCUGACCUAUCCUGUCCGGCAAAAUGGCUGCUGUAUGGCCAAGAUGAUCCUGUCAGUGUGGCUCCUCUCUGCAUCCAUCACCCUCCCCCCUCUCUUUGGUUGGGCGCAGAAUGUCAAUGACGGCAGGGUCUGCCUCAUCAGUCAGGAUUUCGGCUACACCGUCUACUCCACGGCCGUGGCGUUCUACAUCCCCAUGUCAGUGAUGUUGAUCAUGUACUACCGGAUUUACCGAGCGGCCAAACUCAGCGCGGCGAAGCACACCAUCACCGGCUUUCCCAGGGAAGGGGAGCACGACGCGGGAAGUGUCGAAGGGACGGAGGCUGAGGAGGAGGAGGAGGAGAGCUUGGACUGCGUGGCUGCGGCAUUGAAGCUCCAGCGUGAGGUGGAGGAGGAGUGCAGCACGCGUGUCUCCCGCCUCCUGAAGACCGGAGAGCACCACCAACGCCGGAAAAGGAAAAACCAGUCCAUUUUCAAACAGGAACAGAAGGCUGCCGCCACUCUGGGCAUCGUGGUCGGCGCCUUCAGCUUCUGCUGGCUGCCGUUCUUUUUGGUGUCCACUGCCAGGCCAUUCGUCUGCGGUGUGGAGUGCAGCUGCGUGCCGCUCUGGUUGGAGAGAACUCUGCUGUGGCUUGGCUAUGCCAACUCCCUCAUCAAUCCCUUCAUCUAUGCAUUUUUCAACCGCGAUCUGAGGACCACCUACAGCAACCUCCUGCGGUGCCGCUACAGGAACAUCAAUCGGAAGCUGUCGGCGGCUGGCAUGCACGAGGCUUUGAAACUGGUGGAGAAGCCAGACACCGAUGUGUAAAGAUGUAGCUCUGCCGAUCGGCGACGCUGGACGGACCAGUGGAGCCAAACUCCAGGGAAAACACCCAGUGGGGCUCAGACUAUGGCACAGACAGCCACGCUGAAAGACUGGGUAAUUCCCUGCUUUUGUAUUAUGAUGGCGGAGGUGAGAAGAGGCAGUAUGCUGUGAUUGAACGGACGCACACGAAGGCGCAACAAAGAACCUGUCAUAGGCUAAAAGGGUAAACAUCUUUUAUUCUAAGGACUGAAACGGUUGGGAAGGUUAACUCACUGGCGAUGAAUUCAAACUGUCUAAACAGCGGUGCUUUAUAUCGGUGUACUCGCAGCCCCUGAACCGAAUGGCCACCUUGGUGCAUUCAAAACCGGCUGCUGCCCAGCUGAACAGUCUUUUGCACAGCACACUGUUUUAAAAAAAAAAAAAAAAAAACUGGCGGAGCUACACACUGACUUUGUACUCGGCUACCACUAUGGACGG